AUGAAAUGCCUCACAGCUGCUUUAGCAGCCGUCGUAACAACAUUUAUCGCCAAUUUGGAUAUUUUGCAAGCAAUGCAGCUACAGAAGAGAUCAGAAUCGGAAUGUGGUCUUUUGGGAGAUUCCAUUUACUGUUAUGGUGGUUUACUGAUGGGUAACGCCAUGGACACUAAUAUCUACAGUCUUCCAUUGACCAAUCUCUCUAACAAUAAAAGUAUGAUUAACCUUGCUAAAACCUGGAACUUGAUCAACCACACCAACACAAGAUAUGUUCUUGAAGGUAGAAGACGUGCCAAUUCUGCCGUCUACAAUAACAACUCCUUGUUUAUUACUGGUGGCUAUACGUAUAAUGGCACCAUAAUCACAAAUCAAACCAUUGUUUAUAAUCGAAAUACUAAUACAUGGCAGACAUUGAGCACAUAUGCUGAUGCCAACACUAGUUCUAUACGACAAAUUUACAACGCUGCAGCCGUCAACCUAGCUCCUAUCGAAAACACGAUUGCUCUCUAUGGAGGUGUUACAGAAUAUCCCAUCAAAAACACUACUACGCCGAUUCAAAUUGACAGCUCAAACCAAACCGUCAUGCAUGAGGGAUAUUCAUCCAUUGUCAACUUUAACUAUGACGGCAAUCAAUGGUUACCCAGAUCACCACAAACGAAUAUACCAGCUAUGCUCUACUCUGCUCAAACUGUUACAUUCAACCCUAAAACUGGUCUUAUUUAUUAUUUGGGAGGCUUUUAUUACACAAGCCCUGAUUAUACCAAGGAAAACAAACAAGAUUACAAAAGUGCCAAUGUUUUUGAUACCUCGAGUGCCUCUUGGUCUUCUCCGAGGCUGGGUGGGCCUGACCCAUCUCCUCGCAUGUUCCCUACUGCUACAUUGUUGCCCAACUCGAAUGAUAUUUUACUCUUUGGUGGAACAAGCACAGGACAGACCGUCGCUUUCAUUGAUUUUUGUUAUACUCUUAACUUGGAUACAUACAGGUGGACUCGUCAAAAUAUUAAUACUGUAGGGGCAGCAUCUGCCCCCCGUUUUGCACAUUCAGCUGUAUUGGUCAAUACUACAUUGUUCAUCAUGUUUGGUUUAGCCGUUUACAACAAUCCUCUGGAUGAUAUUCUUGUCAUGAGUGUGAACGAUGUAAACAACCUCUAUUUCCCUGACACAUUUCCCUACAUUGAGGAAAUAAAGCCUGUAACAAGUAGCAAUGGCACCAUUACCGCUGAAAGUGCUACUAAUAGUAGCAGCUCUUUGAGCACUGGUGCUGUUGCUGGUAUUACUUUUGCUUGUGUGAUUAUUGGCCUAGGUGUCAUUGCGGCAGCCAUCUUCUUUUAUAUACGCAAGAAGAGAGCAGACAAGAAAAAAAUGGAUGAGCUGUCUGUCGAUUGGGAUCAAGUAGAACGCUUUUAUAACAAUGGAGGUGAUGCCAACGGUCAGAUUAUGGUUGAAAAUGAGCAUUAUUUUGUAGUUGACGAACAGGCAGCCGUUCAUGGAUUCAAAAUACGUUCAUCGCCCUCCAUUGCGCUUGAAAAACACAUUCCCAAUGAAUACGAUGAUGAUAAUGUCGCCAAACAAAGCACCACUGUUUCUGGCGACACGACACCAAAGCCAGUGGAUGAGUCUACCACGUUGAUGAAGCCAUCCAUUGUAGAGGGCAAUGAUGCCAAAUUCAUAGAGGCUGCUGCCCCACCAGUUGUCAGACAGAAGCCUGAUGUUUUUAAUGACAAAAGCUGA